AUGGCCCUCCGAACGGGUCUGCAGAUGUGUAAACAGCAAGGAUUCAGCAGGAUAAAUGUCUUCACUGAUUCUAUAGAAGCUAUUAGGCUGAUUGAAACUGAAGGAGGUGCUAAUCAUCCCUUGCACACGGAGAUAACGGAGAUCCGGGAGUUAAUUUACUCAGAUUGGGACAUUAGCAUCAAAUAUGCACCAAGGAAUGCACUCCAAUGUGCAGACCUGAUGGCAAAAAAGGCCCAGUUUAUAGAUGAGGAAUUGGUCUACUGGAUGGAACCCCCACAGGAGUGCCUCUCACGACUACAAGAGGAUGUGGCCCUAGCCAAUAUGUCAGCUACCAAUUAUUAA